AUGGCUGAGGCCUUUAUUCCAGUAGCUCAGGAUCAGUUCAGCUGUCCAGUGUGUCUGGAUCUCCUGAAGGAUCCGGUGACUAUCCCCUCUGGUCACAGUUUCUGUAAGGUGUGUAUUAAUGGCUGCUGGGAUCAGGAGGUUGAGAAGGGCAUCUACAGCUGUCCUCAGUGCAGAGACACUUUCACUCCCAGGCCUGUUCUACACAGAAACAACAUGCUGGCUGAAGUGGUGGAGAAAAUGAAGACUGAAGUUCAAGCUGCUUCUCCUGCUCACUGUUACGCUGGACCUGGAGAUGUGGAGUGUGAUUUCUGCACUGGGAGAAAACUCAAAGCCGUCAAGUCCUGUCUGAUGUGUCUGACCUCCUUUUGUGAAACUCAUCUUAAACCCCAUCUUGAACUUCCUGCUUUGAAAAAGCACACCUUAAUCGAAGCAUCCUCACAACUCCAAGAGAAGAUCUGCUCUCAACAUAACAAACUGAUAGAGAUCUACUGUCGUACUGACCAAACGUGCAUUUGUUCUUUGUGCAUGUUGGAUAAUCACAAAGGCCACGAUGUUGUAUCACUUUCAUCAGAGAGAACUGAGAAACAGUCCCAUGCUCAGACAGCAGUGGAGGACAUUGAGAGGUUCUUUACUGAGAUGAUCAGCUUCAUGGAGAAAAAGCGCUUGGAGAGUUUCCAGUCUCUCUGUGUCCCUUCUGGACACGAGGAUUCACCCAGCAUCACUGUCCACCAACAUCUCUCAUUUGAUGGACUGAGGAAUUCUCUCUCAGAUCUGAAAAAGCGAUUUGAGGAAUUCUGCGAGAAGGAAUUCAACAAAAUCCUUCCACAUGCUGCAGCAGUUCAGAAGAUUUCACCAUCGGAGCCAAAGAGCAGAGAAGAUUUUCUGAAAUAUUUCCAUUCUCCGACUCUGAAUCCCAACACAGCACAUCAUAACCUUCAUCUGUCUAAGAAGACUAGAGUGGUGAAAUUCAGUGGGAGUGAGCAGUCGUACUCUGAUCAUCCAGAGAGAUUUGACUACUAUGUUCAGGUCUUGUGUAAGGAGAGUGUGUGUGGAUGCUGUUACUGGGAGGUGGAUUGGAGAGGUGUUGUAGACAUCUCAAUCUCAUAUAAAGAGCUGAUGUUCCACCACACCCCCGCUGCCACAUAUCCUCACGACUUGACUCAGGCCAGGGAGCUGUCCAGCUGGCAGCUGACUCCCUCCUCUCUGGCAGGAGAAGUAAUCCACCACCACAGUCUGCCCGGAGUAUUCUAUACAGAAAACGAAACUGAUCUCAGAGUGCCUCUCUCUCUUUCUCUCUCAGUGUGUGAGAGCAGGAAAAUGGCGGAGGCCAGUAUUUUACAUCAUAUUUCAGUAGAUCAGUUCAGUUGUCCCUUGUGUCUGGAUCUCCUGAAGGAUCCGGUGACUAUCCCCUGUGGUCACAGUUACUGUAAGGUGUGUAUUAAUGACUGCUGGGAUCAGGAGGAUGAGAAGGGCAUCUACAGCUGUCCUCAGUGCAGAGACACUUUCACUCUGAGGCCUGUUCUAGGCAGAAACAACAUGCUGGCUGAAGUGGUGGAGAAAUUGAAGAAGAUUGAAGUCCAAGCUGCUUCUCCUGCUCACUGUUACGCUGGACCUGGAGAUGUGGAGUGUGAUUUCUGCACUGGGAGAAAACUCAAAGCUGUCAAGUCCUGCCUGAUGUGUCUGACUUCCUUUUGUGAAACUCAUCUUAAACCCCAUCUUGAACUUCCUGCUUUGAAAAAGCACACCUUAAUCGAAGCCUCCUCAAAACUCCAGGAGAAGAUCUGCUCUCAACAUGACAAACUGAUGGAGAUCUACUGUCGUACUGACCAAAGGUGCAUUUGUUCUUUGUGCAUGUUGGAUUCUCACAAAGGCCACGAUGCUGUAUCACUUUCAUCAGAGAGAACUGAGAAACAGAGUGAGCUAAAGAAGGAGCAGCUGAAAUUCCAGCAGAGAAUCCAGGAGAAGCAGAAGAAGGUGCAGGAGCUGAAACAGGCUGUGAAUAUAAUUAAGUCCCAUGCUCAGACAGCAGUGGAGGACAGUGAGAUUAUCUUUACUGAGAUGAUCAGCUUCAUGGAGAAAAAGCGCUCAGAGGUGACGGAGCUGAUCAGAGCUCAGGAGAAGGCUGAAGUGCGUCGAGCUGAACGACUCCUGGAGCAACUGGAGCAGGAGAUCACUGAUCUUAAUAGGAGAGUCACUGAGAUGGAGCAGCUUUCACACACACACGAUCACGUCCACUUCUUCCAGAGUUUCCGGUCUCUCUGUGUCUCUUCUGGACGUGAGGAUUCACCCAGCAUCACUGUCCAUCAACAUCUCUCAUUCGAUGGAGUGAGGAAUUCUCUCUCAGAUCUGAAAAAGCGAUUCGAGGAAUUCUGCAAGAAGGAAUUCAACAAAAUCCCUCCACAUGCUGCAGCAGUUCAGAAGAUUUCACCCUCAGAGCCAAAGAGCAGAGAAGAUUUUCUGAAAUAUUUCUGUUAUCUGACUCUGGAUCCCAACACAGCAAAUCAUUACCUUCAUCUGUCUGAGAAGAACAGAGUGGUGACAUGCAGUCUCAAAAAGCAGCUGUACUCUGAUCUUCCAGAGAAGUUCGACUCCUGUAGUCAGGUGAUGUGUAAGGAGAGUUUAUGUGGACGCUGUUACUGGGAAGUGGAGUGGAGAGGUGUUGUGUCCAUCUCAGUCUCCUAUAAAGAGAUCAGGAGGAAAGGAGCGGGUAAAGAGUGUGAGUUUGGACGAAACAGUCAGUCUUGGAGUCUGUGCUUUUCUUCUUUUUCUUCCUCUCUCUCUUUCUAUCACGACGACAUGAAAACUGAGCUUGGAGUUCCAUCAUCCUCCAGAAUAGGAGUGUAUGUGGAUCAGAACGCAGGAAGUCUGUCCUUCUACAGCGUCUCUGACACAAUGAGGCUUGUCCACAGAGUCCACACCACAUUCACUCAGCCUCUAUACGCUGGGUUUGGGGUUUCUGGAACUGUGAGGUUGUGUGACCCAAAAUAACGGUAGAUGAAAAAUUCUUGCUUUUUUCCUCAUUGUUCCUCAGUUGUGAUAAAACUAUAACUUUAACGCGAUAAACGUUUAAACAUUGGGUUUAGACUCGGUCUGGGAUCAUCAGCUACACUGUUGUACAGAAUAAAACUAUUAAAAAGGUGAACACUUUGUUUAGCUCUGCUGUGUUGAAAUUACACUGUAAGUUAAAAAUAACGAAACUGAUCUUAGUUUGAGUGAGAUUACUCCUACAGUAAAGAGUGCUGUUUUUAAUUAAAUUGAUGCCACAGCAUCUCAGAAAGACAUCCCGAGUGGAGAGAAAAACACAGCAGGGACCGCAACUCAUCCCUCCACGAGGCCCAUGUUAUCAUCCACAAUGACAGCUAAGGUGACUUUUUACUAUUAACUUCUCAAACAUCUCAAGAGAUAUUGUGUCUACAAGUACAGGCCACGAACCAUAACAAAAUUACAUCUCUGAAACAUUCAAGAAAAAGAAGGAAAACAGAAAACAACAUUGUGCUACUAAUAAGUAUAAUUAAAAAAAAAAAAGGACUAGACUGUUUUAGUUUUAGACUGUUUUGUUA